AUGCACAAUAAGAUUAUAAUCUUUGUCUUUGUAUUCUUCUUUUUGGUAUUGGCGAUGAUGACUACCAAUCAUCAUAACCAUUAUGUAUUGGGUAAUACUUUAAAUGUGGAAGGUGAUAAUGAUGGUACUACUUCUACCACUACUACAACUACAUCAUCACCUUUGUAUUAUGACAAUGUCUCCAAAAAAGUUGAACAAAGAGCAUCUCUAGAUAGAGCACGUGCUCAUAUUCGUGGUGGUCAUCAAAGAAGAGGUCACUAG